CCCCGGCGCCUGCGUGUUAAGAGGGGGGCGAUGAGGGCCCGGAAGCAGGGAUGUGGGAGCUGAAAAGUAAAUGGCUGGCGAUGGUCUCCCAGCUGCUGAUGCUGCUCCUGGCGGCUGCGGCCCAGGCAGUAAACCCGGCUCCGCGGCGCUUCACUCCGGACUGGAAGAGCUUGGACUCGCGGCCACUGCCGAGCUGGUUCGACGAGGCCAAGUUCGGGGUGUUCGUGCACUGGGGGGUGUUCUCGGUGCCCGCCUGGGGCAGUGAAUGGUUCUGGUGGCACUGGCAGGGCGAUCGGUUGCCGGCCUACCAGCGCUUCAUGGAAGAAAACUACCCGCCCGGCUUCAGCUACGCCGACUUCGCACCGCAGUUCACAGCGCGCUUCUUCAACCCGGACCAGUGGGCCGAACUCUUCCAGGCUGCCGGGGCCAAGUAUGUUGUGCUGACCGCAAAGCAUCACGAAGGCUUCGCAAACUGGCCAAGCUCUGUGUCUUGGAACUGGAACUCGAAGGACGUGGGGCCCCACCGUGAUUUAGUUGGCGAGUUGGGAGCAGCCGUGCGGAAGAGGAACAUACGCUACGGCCUCUACCACUCACUCUUGGAGUGGUUCCAUCCACUCUACCUACUUGAUAAGAAAAACGACUUCAAAACUCAGCAUUUCGUCAGAGCAAAAACCAUGCCAGAGCUGUACGACCUUGUUAACAGCUACAUGCCUGACCUGAUCUGGUCCGAUGGGGAGUGGGAGUGUCCCGAUACGUACUGGAACUCCACGGGUUUCCUUGCUUGGCUCUACAAUGAUAGCCCUGUCAAGGAUAAGGUGGUAGUGAAUGACCGGUGGGGUCAGAACUGUUCCUGUCAUCACGGAGGGUACUACAACUGUCAAGACAAAUACAAGCCACAGAGCUUGCCACACCACAAGUGGGAGAUGUGCACCAGCGUGGACAAGGCGUCCUGGGGCUAUCGAAGCGACAUGACCAUGUCGACCGUUGCCAAUGAAAAUGAAAUCAUCGAGGAAUUGGUUCAGACAGUAAGUUUGGGAGGCAACUAUCUUCUCAACAUUGGACCAACUAAAGAUGGCUUGAUCGUCCCCAUCUUCCAAGAAAGGCUUCUUGCUGUUGGCAAGUGGCUGCAGAUCAACGGGGAGGCCAUCUAUGCCUCCAAACCCUGGAGGGUGCAGUCUGAAAAGGGCAAGACGGUUGUGUGGUACACCACUAAAAAUUCUACUGUUUAUGCCACUUUUCUGUACUGGCCAGAAAAUGGAAUCAUGAACCUCAAAUCCCCCAAAACGACCUCGGCCACAAAGAUAACAAUGCUAGGAAUAGAAGGAGACCUGAGCUGGACCCAGGAUCGACUGGGGGGCAUCCUCAUCUCUCUGCCCCCAUUGCCACCUCCCGCACUUCCAGUGGCAUUUGCCUGGACUCUAAAGCUGACAAUGGUGAACUGAUUGUAGGAGCUCAAGAACAGACUGCCCAGCGUGCUGCUUUUUCUUACAGGACCAUCCGUGCAAUAAAGUAGCUUCCCUUCCGCUCAGUGGUUGAUCUUCCAAGCCAUUCUGAUGGAUGGGAACCUAGUAAGUACA